AAGGCAGGUGCUGCUGCUGACGGUAGGUGCAAAAAUAAUUCCCCGUGAAGGUUCGUUGCUUCUUGCUCCAUUAUCGUUUCGGAGUGCCAUAGAUCGUUGUUCGGGGAAAGAGAAAGAGAGAGCUCAGAUCGCUAUGACGUCAUGUUAAUGGUGGACUAACUAACUUCAAGAACCUGCUACCUUCAGAUCUCAUUGAUCUCCGAAAACUGAUCUGAUUGGUAGAAAUUUUGCGAAAAGAGUCCAGAUGGCUGGAGCUGUCUCGGCGCUCUUCCUUCUCGACAUUAAAGGCCGUGUUUUGAUCUGCCGUGACUACCGCGGCGAUGUCUCAGCCGUUCAGGCUGAGCGCUUCUUCUCCAAGCUCAUCGAGAAAGAGGGAGAUCCGGAGUCUCAGGAUCCAGUUGCUUACGAUAAUGGUGUAUCCUACAUGUUUAUACAGCAUAACAAUGUCUACUUAAUGGCGGCGUCUAGGCAGAACUGCAAUGCUGCUAGCAUUCUCUUUUUUCUACACCGUGUAGUUGAUGUCUUUAAGCAUUAUUUUGAAGAGUUGGAAGAGGAAUCACUUAGGGAUAACUUUGUGGUUGUGUAUGAGUUGCUUGAUGAAAUUAUGGACUUUGGUUACCCUCAGUACACUGAAGCAAAGAUUCUUAGUGAAUUUAUCAAGACGGAUGCUUAUAGAAUGGAAGUUAAUCAAAGACCUCCAAUGGCUGUCACAAAUGCCGUGUCUUGGCGCAGUGAAGGAAUACAAUACAAGAAAAAUGAAGUUUUCUUGGAUGUGGUGGAGAGUGUUAAUAUCCUUGUAAACAGCAACGGACAAAUAGUUAGGUCUGAUGUUGUUGGGGCAUUGAAGAUGAGAACGUAUUUGAGUGGUAUGCCAGAAUGUAAGCUUGGCCUUAACGAUCGAGUGUUGCUAGAGGCACAAGGCAGAGCAACAAAGGGAAAGGCCAUUGAUUUGGAAGACAUCAAAUUUCAUCAGUGCGUGCGUUUGGCUCGGUUUGAAAAUGACCGGACAAUAUCCUUUAUACCACCUGAUGGUGCUUUUGAUCUCAUGACCUAUAGACUUAAUACUCAGGUAAAGCCCUUGAUAUGGGUGGAAGCUCAAGUUGAAAGGCAUUCAAAGAGUCGUGUUGAGAUGACAGUUAAAGCUAGGAGCCAGUUCAAGGAGCGUAGCACUGCUACUAACGUUGAGAUAGAGCUGCCUGUGCCUUAUGAUGCUACAAAUCCAGAUGUUCGGACAUCAAUGGGGUCCGCAGCAUACGCACCUGAAAGCGACGCAUUGGUUUGGAAAAUAAAAUCUUUUCCUGGUGGCAAGGAGUACAUGUUGAGAGCAGAGUUUCGUCUUCCAACCAUAACAGCAGAAGAAGGUGCUCCUGAGAGAAAGGCUCCUAUACGCGUCAAGUUUGAGAUUCCAUAUUUUACAGUUUCUGGAAUUCAGGUUCGCUAUUUGAAGAUCAUUGAAAAAAGUGGAUACCAAGCUCUUCCAUGGGUGAGAUACAUAACAAUGGCUGGCGAGUACGAACUUCGAUUAAUAUAAACUCGUAACUCCAACUUGGUUUUUCCAAACCAAAUUUACGGCUAUUCUUUAAUCGACCAAAAGACUGGAACUCCAUGCAUAAAUGACAUCAUCAAGAAAUACACUCUGUUUUAGGAGCAAUGUUUGUGCUCUGUCCUUACGCUGACUGUUAUCACGAUUUCUAUGUCUUCUAUUCAUAGGUUUUUUAACCUUAUUUUUGUGAAACAUAGGAUUUUUUCUGUGUAUUAAAUUGCGAUUCAAUCAUUCUUUUUUCAGCUUUGUGAAAAUUCAUUAAAAUUUUAUCUUCUUUUGGUCC